UCAGCCCCGUUCCGAAUCACAGAAACCGACCCGCGCCGAGUCCAAAGUUCGGCACCUCUCGUCCCCAGCGAAAACAACCAGCGCACAGAAAGUCGGUUUGCCGAACGGCCGCACUGCGUGCGACGUCGGCUUACGAAAACUUCACCAAAUUGGCGCAAACAAUGAGUCGUUUGCCCGACGACGGGACGUUUUCGCCGUUGAACGCCGUCGGGAUAUUCACCGUCAACGAUUUCGUCAAGGCGGACGGCAAGCUGAUCGAGCACCACACCAACUUGUCCUUCAGGGAGAUACUGCGUGUCAAGAAGGAUCUCAUUAACAAGUAUGCACCUAAACCGGUGAACGGGUACACGUACUACAAGUAUUUGAUCAGGAAUUCGGCUAUUUUUCCCACCGGCAUUAAACGUGUGGACGAUUUGCUCAGUGGAGGCUUUGCCACCAGCAAAAUAUACGAAAUUAGCGGGCUACCGGCCUGUGGCAAGACCCUUUUGUGUAAAACUUUAGCCAAACACGUCGUCACCAACUUGAAUCAAAAAGUGUUUUACCUGGACAGCAAAAAGAACUUUAGUGCCAAGAGGUUUCGGCACAUGCUAAACAAUGCCAACUAUAAAGCCUUAAUGGAAAAUGUCCUUUUAAAAGAACUGAGCACCAAAUACGACUUGACAAACAGUUUAUUCGAUAUAAAACAACAAAUACAAAAUGGUCUCAACGUGCGUGUGAUAAUAAUAGAUUCCCUGGCUCCUUUGUUCAUGGACACAAAAGAUAACACUGAAAACAACAAUACGUUAAGUCAUUGCGCAAAUAUUAUGCGGUACAUUGCAACCCAACAUCACGCAGUCAUAAUUGUGACCAAUUUAAUGACUUUAUGGAGGGAGUCUUCGGAUUUUGACACUUACGACGUCCUGAAGAAGUCCACGAGUUGCGGCAAGUUCUGGCAAACUGUUCCCAACGUUAAAAUCACCUUGGAGAAACACGUUGAUGCUGAUAAAGUUAAAUUAGAAGUAAUAAAAGGCCCCAAAAUUGAUUUUUGUGAUGUUACCAUUACUGAUCUGGGAAUUUGCUAACAUAAUUGAAUUAAAAAUAUUUAA